ACUAUCCGCAAUGACCCCAAAACUUUCAAUCUUGCUCUCUGCCCUUGCCUUGGGCUCAGUCCAAGCAUUCGACACGGGUGUCUACGGUCUAGGCUACUGGAACGAAACCUACGCGUUCGAAGCAAAUGAAAAUCCAAAUGCCACGCACUCCGUCCCUUUCUCAAUCGGGACUCAAAACUAUACUUUCCAAGUCAAUGUUGCCGAAUUCACGCCCACAGGGGUCCAAGCCAAUCGCACUGAGAACCCUCGCCAAGCCGCUGCUUUCUACAACCUUAUCUGGGAUGGAGANAAAAGUUUGAAUCAAAGCCUCAAAGAUGGCAUCAGUCAGGGCCAAGGCGGCAUACCACAGCUGUGUGUCACUAUACCCAUGGGAACGAUGACGAGGUCAGCAACAAACGGCUAUCGCGAGCAAGAUGACGGCGAUUGCACGAACGCGUUUGGUAAACAGUGUAUGGAUGAUCUCAAGAAAGUCGGCAGUUCAGAGAUAAGCAAUUGCAACGCAUUGUGGAUGCCCAAGAGUUGCAGUUCCAGCUUUGGAGAUGGNCGGGCUUGCAAGCACUAUGCCAUGAUCGCUAACAACCAAACCAACUAUGCCCUACACCAACUGUCUCCGGUCGAGUUCUCGUUCUACUAUUCACAAAUUUUCUCAGCAGGAAAUGAGAGCUAUUAUGAGAGAGAGGAUGAAAGGCUUCAUGCGGCUUUCUUUUCUGGGUCUUGGGGAAUCACGCCUGUGUGCAAUCGCGUGAACAACACGAAGUUGGGUAAGAAUGAUGGAGCAAUCUAUCANGGAGACGCUGCGGGCAUGAGAAGAAACGUUGGACUUUUGGUAGCGAUGGUGCUGGCUGUUGUGUUUGUGGUC